AUGGCCAGGGUACGGAAAAGGACCCCAGCAGCUGCUCCAGCGCCCUGGUGGCUCCCGUGGCUUUUCCUCCUAACGUUGUCUCCCCUUUCCGCGGCCGCCGCUUCUCCCGAGCCGGAGACCGGCUUCAGCCUCCACCCGCCCUAUUUCAACCUGGCGGAGGCGGCCAGGAUCUCGGCCACAGCUACCUGCGGGGAAGAGCCCGGGGGCGGGAGGCCCCGGCCCGAGCUCUACUGCAAACUGGUGGGGGGUCCCAUCGCCUCCACCACCGGCCACACUAUCCAGGGCCAGUUUUGUGACUACUGUAACUCUGGGGAUCCCAAUAAAGCUCACCCAGUAACCAAUGCAAUUGAUGGGACUGAACGUUGGUGGCAAAGCCCUCCUCUGUCCUUGGGCUUACAGUACAACAAAGUCAAUGUUACUCUUGAUCUGGGACAGCUUUUCCAUGUGGCCUAUGUGCUCAUCAAAUUUGCAAAUUCUCCUCGUCCUGAUCUCUGGGUCCUGGAAAGAUCAGUAGACUCCGGAAGAACUUACUCACCUUGGCAGUUUUUUGCCCACUCUAAAGUAGACUGUUGGGAGCAGUUUGGGACAGUGGCCAACAGGCCUAUCACUGAAGACAAUGAUGUUAUCUGCACCACCGAAUAUUCUAGGAUUGUACCACUGGAAAAUGGAGAGGUUGUGGUUUCUUUAGUAAAUGGUCGUCCAGGAGCGAAAAACUUUACUUUCUCUCCUACUCUGAGAGAAUUUACAAAAGCAACCAACAUCCGCUUGCGUUUUCUCCGGACCAAUACCCUGCUUGGACACCUGAUUUCUAAAGCUCAGCGAGACCCAACAGUCACUAGAAGGUAUUACUACAGUAUAAAGGACAUCAGCAUUGGUGGAAGAUGUGUCUGCAAUGGCCAUGCAGAAGUGUGCAGGGCCAAAGGUCCUGAAAACCUGUUUCAGUGUGAAUGCCAGCAUCACACCUGUGGGGAGAGCUGCGACCACUGUUGUGCUGGCUACAACCAGAAGCAGUGGCAGCCAGCAACAGCUGGGAGGACUAAUGAGUGUGAAGCUUGCAACUGCCAUGGUCAUGCCACAGACUGUUACUAUGAUCCUGAUGUUGAGAGGCUUAAGGGAAGUUUGAACAUCCAUGGUAUUUAUGAAGGUGGAGGAGUCUGCAUUGAUUGUCAGCAUAACACAGCUGGUGUAAACUGUGAAAGGUGCGUUCAAGGUUAUUACCGUCCUUACAACGUUCCAGUAGAAGCACCCCAUGGCUGUAUGCCCUGCAGCUGUAACCCUGAGUAUACAGAUGGUUGUGAACAGGGCACAGGUCGCUGCUUUUGCAAGUCGAAUUUCCAUGGGGAAAACUGUGAGCGCUGUGCUGAAGGAUUCUACAACUUCCCAUUUUGCCAGCGAAUUCCUAUUUAUCCUGUUUCUACUCCAAGACCAGGAGCUUCCACUGCUGCUGGAGAAAUAAAAGAUGGUUGUCCGCCAGGAUUCUUUGGAUAUCAGUGCCAAGCUUGUCAGUGCUAUGGCAUAGGGGCAUUACCUGGUGACUGUGAUAGGAAGACUGGACAGUGCUUCUGUCAACCUGGGUUUCAUGGUUUCUCUUGUGAAGAGUGUGCAGUUGGAUAUUUCCACUACCCCUUCUGUCAGAGAUGUGAAUGUAAUGCAGUUGGUGUUGUCCCUGAAAUAUGCGAUUUCCAGGGAAAGUGUCUUUGCCGCUUUGGAGUUGAUGGUCCGAAGUGUGACCGCUGUAGUUCAGGUUUCUAUUCUUUUCCUGCUUGUCAGGAGUGUAACUGUGACCCUCUUGGCUCCCAGGAUGGUGCCUGUGGACCCAGAGGCCAGUGCCGCUGCUAUCCCAAUUACGCUGGCCUGAGCUGCAACCAGUGUGCCCCCGAGUACUACAGCUAUCCCAGUUGCUUUCCUUGUCAGUGUUCAUCCCUUGGUUCGUACCAGACUACAUGUGAUCCAGUCACUGGGCAGUGUGAAUGCCGACCGGGGAUUACAGGACAACUGUGUGAUCAGUGUCUUUCAGGAGCCUAUGAUUUCCCCCACUGCCAAGGUUUCAGUAGUGAAUGUGACCCUGUUGGUACCAUUGAUUCCAGUUCUGGGUAUUGCCAAUGCCAGCUUUAUGUCGAAGGUCCUACCUGCAGCAUCUGCAAGCCAUUAUACUGGAAUCUGGCAGGGGAAAACCCUGAUGGAUGUUCAGAAUGCCAGUGCGACGUGACUGGAACAUUAAGUGGCAUUGGAGAAUGUGAGCAGAGAGAGGGUGGAUGUUACUGUAAGCCUCACGUCUGUGGUGAUUCCUGUAAUACCUGUGAAGAUGGUUAUUUUGCUCUGGGAGACAGCAAUUACUUUGGGUGCCAAGGAUGUCAGUGUGACAUUGGGGGAUCUGUCAACUUUAUGUGUGAUGACCUUUCUGGAGCCUGCCAAUGUAGGGAACAUAUCGUGGGCAAGUCGUGCCAACAGCCAGAAAAUAACUAUUAUUUCCCUGACUUACAUCACAUGAAAUUUGAAAUUGAAGAUGGCAUGACACCUAAUGGAAGAGGUGUUCGAUUUGGCUUUGAUCCUUUGGAAUUUCCUGAUUUCAGUUGGCGGGGCUAUGCUCAGAUGACCCCAGUACAGAAUGAAGUGAAGGUAACAUUAAAUGUGGAGAAAUCCAACCAAUACUUAUUUCGUGCUGUUCUGAGAUAUAUUAACCCUGGAAUUCAAACAGUGUUUGGGCACAUAACUAUUUCUCGGCCCCGGUCUAAGGCAGGCGCUGUUCAAAGCAAAGAGAUUGUCUUUCUGCCUAGCAAAGAGCCUGCUUUUGUCACUGUCCCAGGAAGUGGUUUUGCGGAUUCCUUUUCUCUCACUCCAGGAACAUGGACUGUUACUAUAAAGGCUGAGGGCAUCCUUCUGGAUUACCUGGUACUACUACCCAGUGACUAUUAUGAAGCUUCGAUCUUGCAGUUACCAGUUACAGAGCCCUGCGCCUAUUCAGGACCUAUCGAAAAGAAUUGCUUGCUCUAUCAGCAUUUACCAGUGACCAGAUUUGCCUGUGCUUUGGCUUGUGAAGCCGAACGCUUCCUGCUUAAUGGAAUGCCGAGAGCCUUGGCAACCCGGAAGCCCACCCCUGACCAUCCCAUCAUGGCUGACAUCAGCGGGAGAGAGGUUGAGUUGCAUCUGACCCUGAGCAUUCCUCAGGUUGACCACUACGUGAUAGUACUAGAAUAUACCAAUGAAGAUGAUCAGCUCUAUGUUGCCGAUGUGUUCAUCAACAGCCCGAGUUCUUCAUCAGCGGGUCGUGUGAACAUAUAUAGCUGUAAAUACAGGUUCCUCUGCCGGAGUUUCGUGGUGGAUGACCUGAACCGUGUUGCUGUGUAUGAACUCUUAGCAGAUGCAAGGAUCCAUCUGAAGGCCCACUCAGCCCACUUCCUUCUGCACCAGAUUUGUAUUAUACCAAUGGGAGAAUUCUCUACAGAAUAUGUGAAACCCAGUGUACACUGCAUUGCCAGUUAUGGGCGAUUUGUUAAUCAAAGUUCCUCCUGUGUCCUUUUAGCACAUGAAACUCCUCCAACAGCCUUAGUUUUGGAUUCACUAAGUGGUGGAAUGCUUCCCUUCAUGCCCCGGGAUCCCUUGCGUUCUGAAUCUGUGUUCCAGGGAGUCAUUCUGAAGCAGCCGCAGAAUCAAGUUACCUUGAAUGGAAGAGUGUCACACCCGGGCCAGUAUGUAUUCAUUGUCCACUUUUGUCAGGCGGAUCAUCCCACAUUUCCUGCACAGGUGGUUGUAGAGGGAGGGCAGCUGUGGUCAGGUUCUUUCAGUGCCAAUUUCUGCCCUCAAGUGUUUGGCUGCCGGAACUUAGUGAUUUCAGAGGGCCAAAGUAACCUGGACCUCCGUGAACCAGAGUUCUCAGUGACUGUGAAGGUUCCAGAUGGAAAAUCCUUGAUGCUGGGCCAAGUCCUAGUUGUUCCAGCAGAGAAUUAUGGCUACAACAUACUUCACAAGAAGUCAGUGGACAAGUCAUUUGAUUUUAUCAAUAAUUGUGGAGGAAACAGUUUUUAUAUUGACCCUCUGACGUCAUCAAGAUUCUGUAAGGACUCUGCCCGAUCCCUGGUCGCUUCCUAUAACAAUGGAGCCCUACCCUGUGAUUGCCAUGUGAUGGGGGCUGUCAGCCCUACGUGUAACCCGGAGGGGGGCCAGUGCCAGUGCCGGCCCAAUGUCAUUGGUCGUCAAUGUACCCGAUGUCAAACUGGCUACUACGGUUUCCCAUUCUGCAAAUUGUGCCACUGUGGCCAGCGCCUUUGUGAUGAGAUGACUGGAAAGUGCAUCUGCCCCCCUCACACAAUCAAGCCUCAGUGUGAAGUAUGUGAGAAGCAGUCAUUCAGUUACCACCCAUUGGUUGGGUGCAAAGGCUGCAACUGCUCCAGGAUAGGAGCUGUAAGUGCCACAGCUCCAGAGUGCGACAGAAACAAUGGACAAUGCAGAUGCAAACCCAGAAUAAUAGGACGUCAGUGUGAUCACUGUGCUUCCGGGUUCUACCGAUUCCCUGAAUGUAUUCCUUGCAAUUGCAACCAAGAUGGGACUGAGCCAGCAGUCUGUGAUCCACGGACAGGUGUCUGCCUCUGUAAGGAAAAUGUAGAAGGUGCAGAAUGUAAUGUUUGCCGGAAGGGGUCAUUUUACUUGGACCCCACCAAUCCAAAGGGAUGUACCAGCUGCUUCUGUUUUGGAAUAAGUGACCACUGUCGUAGUACAAAUAAGCGGAGGGCUAAGUUUGUUGACAUGAUAGGUUGGCGCCUAGAGACAGUGGAUCAAAUGAACAUCCCCAUCACAUUCAACCCAGGCAGUAACAGUGUGGUCGCUGAUGUUCAGGAGCUGCCUUCCUCGGUCCACAGCGUAUACUGGAUAGCACCACCAUCCUAUUUGGGGGACAAGGUUUCUUCAUAUGGUGGCUUCCUGACUUACCAAGUAAAAUCCUUUGGCCUACCCAGUGAAGGCAUGAUUCUCCUGGAGAAGAGACCUGAUGUGCAGCUUUCGGGACAGCAAAUGACUAUUGUCUACAUGGACCCAAACAACCCCCUGCCGGACCGACGGUAUUAUGGGCGAGUUCAGCUGGUUGAGGGAAACUUCAGGCAUGUCAGCAGCAAUAACCAGGUAUCUAGAGAAGAGCUGAUGAUGGUCCUGUCUAGACUGGAUGGCUUACACAUCAGAGGCCUCUAUUUUACUGAGACUCAGCGGUUAACCCUCAGUGAGGUGGGGCUGGAAGAAGUCACCAGUACAGGAAGUGGAAGCAUUGCAUACAAUGUAGAGAUAUGUUCCUGCCCCCCUGACUAUACUGGUGAUUCAUGCCAGGGUUGCAGCCCUGGAUAUUAUUGGGACAACAAGGGUUUCUAUACAGGACGGUGUGUUCCCUGCAAUUGUAAUGGACAUUCAAAUCGGUGCCAGGAUGGUUCAGGAACCUGUAUUAACUGUCAACAUAACACUGCUGGUGCAAACUGUGAGCGAUGUAAAGAGGGUUACUAUGGAGACGCCCUACAGGGUUCCUGUCAGGUCUGCCCAUGCCCUCAUACAAACAGUUUUGCUACUGGCUGUGUUGUGAAUGGUGGAAAUGUGAAAUGUUCCUGUAAACCUGGAUACGUGGGAGCCCAGUGUGAAAGAUGUGCACCAGGAUAUUUUGGGAAUCCCCAGAAAUUUGGAGGUAGUUGCCAACCAUGCAAUUGCAAUAAUAAUGGCCAGUUAACCAGCUGUGAUCCACUGACUGGAGAUUGUAUCAAUCAGGAACCCAAAGAUGGAGGUCCCGAAGAAUGUGAUGACUGUGACAGCUGCGUAACCACUCUCCUGAAGGACCUGGGAACGAUGAAUGAUGAGCUUCGUCUGAUCAAAUCUCAGCUCCAUAGUACCAGUGCCAAUGCCGCCACUCUGGAGCAGAUGAAGCACUUGGAAACCCAGACCAAAGACCUGAGGAAUCAUUUGCUCAACUACCAAUCUGCCAUUUCAAGUCAUGGAUCAAAAGUAGAUGCCCUGGAAAAAGAUCUGAACAGUCUGAAUCAGGACUUUGAGACCCUGCAAGAAAAGGUUCAAAUAAAUUCAGGAAAAGCACAGACAUUACAUAAUAGUGUCGCUCAGACGAGCCAAAAUGCAAAACAGCUGGACACCAAAAUACAAACUGUCAUCAGGGACGUUCAUGUUCUCCUAAAACAGAUCUCUGGGACAGAUGGUGAUGGAAACACCUUGCCCUCCGGUGACUUUUCCAGGAAACUGGCUGAAGCUAACCGUAUGAUGAAGGAAAUGAGAAAUCGAGACUUUAGAGAGCAACUGAGAAAAGCGGAAGCUGAAAAAAGAGAGGCACAGCUCUUGCUGAAUCGUGUUCAGAGUAGCCUGAAAAACCACCAGGCAGAGAACCACGAACUUGUGAAAAUUGUACGAGAUUCUCUAAAUGAAUAUGAAGCCAAAAUCAAUGACCUGCGAAAAGCUCUGCAAGAAGCCACCCUCCAAACAAAGCUAGCCAAUGGUCUCAAUCAAGCUAAUGAUCGAGCCCUGGAAGACUUGAAGAGACGGAUUAAUGAAAUGAGCUCCCUACAAGGUCAAUUCACUAAGUAUCUCAACACUGCUGAAUCAUCUUUGCUGCAGACCAAUAGUGUUCUUCAACUGAUGAAGAAAAGUCAAGAGGAAUACAAGAUGUUAGCAUCAAAUUUAAAUGAAGUAAGGCAAGAAUUGAGUGACAAAGUGAAGGAUCUUUCCCGCUCAUCUAGCAAAGAAUCUCUAGUGGUGGAGGCAGAGAAUCAUGCCCAAUCUCUACAAAAGUUAGCAAAGCAAUUGGAAGAGAUCAAGAGGAACACCAGUGGUGAUGAGCUGGUGCGCUGUGCUGUGGACGCUGCCACAGCCUAUGAAAACAUCAUCAAUGCAGUGAAAGCUGCUGAGGAUGCCGCCAACAAGGCAGUGAGUGCAUCGGACUCUGCCCUACAGACUGUAGUGAAGGGAGACCUGCCUGGAAAAGCCAAGAUAUUGAGCUCCAACAGUGAUAAACUACUAAGGGAAGCAAAGACCACACAAAAUAGAUUAUACCAAGACAUCAGUCCAGCUCUGGAUAGCCUGCGGGACACCUUGGAUAUUGUUACAACAAAGAAGGGCUUAAUACAAACGGACCUCACUACUGUCCAGGAUGAUCUUCGUGGAAUAAAUCGAGAUGACAUUGACAGAAUGACCAGCAGUGCCAAGAGUCUGAUCAGAAAUGCAAAUGACAUAACAAACAGUGUGUUGGAUGGUCUGAACCCCAUUCAGACAGAUGUGGAAAGAAUCAAGGGCACCUAUGGAAGUGCUCGGAGUGAAGACCUCAAUGAGGCUCUGAGUGAUGCAAACAAUUCAGUGAAGAAAUUAACCAGCAAGAUACCAGAUCUCUUAAGCAAGAUUCAGAGUAUCAACCAACAGCUCUUGCCACUGGGCAACAUCUCAGACAAUGUGGACCGAAUAAGAGAGCUCAUUCAGCAGGCCAGAGAUGCUGCGAAUAAGGUUGCUGUUCCAAUGAGGUUCAAUGGCAAGUCUGGAGUUGAAGUUCGACUGCCAAAUGACCUUGAAGAUUUGAAAGGGUACACAUCUCUCUCUUUGUUUCUUCAAAGACCUGAAUCCAGAGAAGAUGGUGGGGAUGAAGACAUGUUUGUAAUGUACUUGGGCAAUAAGGAUGCUUCGAAGGACUACAUAGGCAUGGCAGUAAGAGAUGGCAAACUAGUUUGUGUCUAUAACUUGGGAGACCAGGAAGCUGAAACCCAGAUGGACUCAAUUAUGACUAAGAGUUUAACUCAAGAGGCAAUUAUGGAUCGAGUGAAAUUUCAAAGGAUCUUCCAGUUUGCAAAACUCAGCUAUUUUAAAGAAGCCACAUCCAGUAAGCCGAAACCUCCUGAUUUCUAUGACAUGGAUAGUGGGAAUGGAGACGUUCUUCUCAAUUUGGACCCUGAAAAUGUUGUCUUUUAUGUCGGAGGCUAUCCACCCAAUUUCAAGCUUCCUCGUGAACUAAAAUACCCUCCCUACAAGGGCUGCAUUGAAUUAGAUGACCUCAAUGAAAAUGUCCUAAGCCUGUACAACUUCAAAAAGACUUUCAACCUCAAUACGACAGAAGUGGAGCCUUGUAGAAGGAAAAAGGAGGAGUCUGACAAAAAUUUUUUCGAAGGCACAGGCUAUGCACGGGUUCCAACACAACCCAGUACUCCUUUUCCAACCUUUCUACAGACAAUUCAGACUACUGUAGAUGAAGGCUUAUUGUUCUUUGCAGAACACCGGGAUUUCUUCAUAUUGUUAAGUAUGGAAAAGGGAUAUACCGUGUUGCGAUACAAGCUAAAUUCAAAUCCUCCAGAGGAAAGAAGAACUGGAGUACUCAUAAAUGAUGGAACAGAUCAGAUGAUUACAAUCAGGAUGGGGAAAAACCAAAGGCUUCUACGAGUAACUGUUAAUCAGUCAUCCACUGAAGUUCGGGGUGAAAUUUUCAAUUUUGACACCUAUUAUCUUGGAGGAAUUCCAAUCUCACUCCGGGAAAAGUUUAAUAUAUCCACUCCUGCUUUCCGAGGCUGCAUGAAAAAUCUGAAGAAAACUGUUGGUGUUGUUAGAUUGAAUGAUACUGUAGGAGUCACCAAAAAGUGCUCAGAAGACUGGAAGCUUGUACGGACUGCAUCACUCGCCAGAGAAGGACAGCUAAGUUUCAUUGAUGUGGGGCUGUCUGACCCCAACAACUUUCAGUCUUCAUUUGGGUUUCAGACCUUUCAACCCAAUGGCAUAUUAUUAAGACAACAAAUAGGGACAAAUAACCUACAAAUCGCUCUGGAAGAUGGCCACAUUGAAUUAAGCUCUAAGGACCAUGGCACUCUUCUGAAAUCUCCCCAGACAUAUAUGGAUGGUUUACUGCAUUAUGUGUCCAUUGUAAAAGAUGAUAGGGGACUAAGGCUUCUGAUCGAUGACAAGUCUCUCAAAGGCAACCAAAGGCUAUGGAUCCCCCCAGACUCACAGCAAUCCCUACGCUUUGGUGGGAGUGAUUUUGAAGGAUGUAUCACUAAUGUAUUUUUCCAGAGGUUAGAGCAGAGUCCUGAGGUUCUCAAUUUAGUCAGUCAUACUCGGAAGGAAAAGGAGACGGUGUCCCUAGGAGUCUGCAACUUAAAUAAGCCACCUUUUCUAAUGUUGUCGAAAGGAUCAGCAAAGACCAGCACACCCAGGACAUUCAACAUUGAUAGGCUACAGCAGGAUAUGCGUCCUGCCUCCCUGAUGAAGAAAGAGGUUCAGACAAACACUCAGCACUGCCUUGGGUCAGCUCAGUCCCAGGCUUCUAAAGGAGCUUAUCAGUUUGGGGACAGUCCCACCAGCCACUUGGUAUACGCAUUCCCUAAGGAGAUGCUGAAAGACAGUUACAGGUCACAGUUUGCUGUGGAUAUACAGACAACUUCCACUGCUACAGGACUGGUGUUUUUUGUCGGGAGUAAGAGCUCCUCGAUGGUGCUUUACAUUUCAAAAGGACGCAUUGUCUUUUUGCUGAGGGCAGAAGGAAAGAAAUUGAGACUGAAAACCAAAGAGAAAUUCAAUGAUGGGAAGUGGCACACGGUCAUGUUUGGUCAUGAAGAAAGGAAGGCCCGUCUUGUCAUAGAUGGUCUAAAGGCCCAGGAAGGAAGCUUGGCUAGAAAUUCUAUCUUUACUGUCAAACCACCGCUGAUCUAUCUAGGAGCCUCUCCCAGGGUAAAACUGAAGAGCCUCCCCAAAAGCAGCUUUGUUGGAUGCCUGAGGAACUUUCAGUUGGAUGGAAAAGCCUUGGAUACCCCUUCUCAAAACUUUGGGGUAACCCCCUGUUUAGGGGGACCUCUUGAGAAAGGGGUGUAUUUCUCCCAAGAAGGCGGGCACAUUAGCUUUGAUUUCUCCUGGAUGCAGGGAAAGGAAUUUAAGAUUGUUUUAAGCAUUCGUCCAAGAAGCCUUACUGGAAUUUUAAUGCAUUUGGGAAUACAACCUGGGAAGCAUCUAAGUGUUUAUAUGGAGGAAGGAAAGGUCACUGCUUCUGUGGACAGUGGGGCUGGUGAGAUAAUGACAUCAGUCAAACCUAACCAAUCUCUAUGUGAUGGACAGUGGCACUCUGUGGCAGUCACUCUAAAGGAGAAUUUGCUGCAGCUCGACCUGGAUACAGAUAGCAGCUAUGAGACUGGACAGCUGCCCACCCUGCCUGCCAGCAGCCAGCAGCCUUUGUAUUUGGGAGGCAUCCCAGCCAACUUAACAACACUGAAGCUGCCUGUGAAAAAACCCUUCUUUGGCUGCCUGAAGAAGGUCACGAUCAACAACGUAGCUGUCUCUGUCACAAAGGCCUCAGAAGUCCAGGGAGCUGUCAGUCCGAAUGGCUGUCCUGUCCACUAACUCUAACCAGUGAUGUGCAUAAUGAGAAAGCCCUUGGAAUACACUGUGGAGAGAGCCGUCCAAGGUCCUGAAAGGGGUGGAAGUCACCUUCUUGGAUACUUACUCCCAGAUAGAAACGUUUUCCACUCUUUUCAAAAUAAUCCCAGAAUCAAGAUGUUUUCCAAAGUGGCUUAACAGCCAAUCUCAUGCUUAUUGAUGGCCCCAUAUACUCCUCUCUUAUUGGCAUUGUACAAGUCUUUGACAUCCGUGUGUAUUUAAUAUAAAAAUGUUCAUUUGGAAAGAAGAGCAAAAUAAUGUAUGUUUAUAAUGCAGAACAUAAUUUCUUAUUUGUUAAGAAAAUAACAU